AUGGACCAAAUUCACUUCAUUGGCUGUUACUAUACAUUUCCAGGGUGCGAUCGUAGCACAAGUGUAUUUAGACAAAAGAAAUUUUGUAAGGAGUCGUGUCUCCAUUUUGUGAAUGAAUGUAGUGCGUCUCUGAAGCCGACGAUAGAUACCUACUUUUCAUUAUAUCCGGGAAAAAGAGCCCUGUUCGAUUGUUCGAAAAAACCAUCAAGAAACGCUGGAGAUUCUCCUGGGUGUCUGUAUUAUCAUAGGAAAGAAAGUUUGGAAAAGGAAGGUAUGUUGAUGGUUAUUUAGUCGCCGGAAUAUCCGAUGCUCUGUCAGGCAGGAGGUGGUUCAUUCUGAAGUUCGGUCAGUCCUUCGGUCAGUCAGCCAGGGUAACCGGACAUUUUGCCGGAAGACAUUUUGCCGACGGACAGUUCGUCGAACGCACAUUUUUCCGAACGGAUUUUUUGACGAAGGACGUUUCGCUAGCCUGCGUUAUUUUUUUAAUUUCAUUUUUUUAUUUGAGGAUAUUUCUUAAAAUACUCAAUUUUCGCAUUUAUUUUCAUUUUAUUCAUUUCAUUUUUUUUGAGUCAGUCCAAAUAUCCUCAAAUAAAAUUAAACUAAAAUACUACUACAUUUCGCCGAUAAGACACUUUGUCGAACGGACAAUUUACCGAAAAUAGAGAUGUCAUUUCGACAAAAUAUUUUAAAACUCCCACGUACGUUCACCCACAUUGUAUGCUUUUUAUGAAAUAUAUAGGCUACAUAAUAAACUUUUACCUUUACAUUCAUGAAUCAUGUUAUUCUCAGCUGUAGCUAAAUAUAAAACGAAAACAUGGUCACUACCAAAUCAAAGUCAACAAUGAGUUUUAUGUUCAGAGACUAUAUUUCUAUUUUCGGCAAAUUGUCUUUUCGGCAAAAUUUCCGUCGGCAAAAUGUCCGCGGCAAAAUGUCUUUCGGCAAAAUGACCGGCCACCAUCAUCUAGUUGGAUAUUAUAAUAUUUACAAAUAAAUAAAAUUAAUGAUUAAAUUAUAAUAAGCUAAUAACUAUCUAAUCACAAACGGAUCAAAGACCAAAUUUAGUCACUCAAUCAAUCUGACAGUCUAAUUACUACUUUAUCUUGUAGAUUGUCUAUAUUUAGACGGCAGCAGUUACUAUGGCAACAUAUCUAUGACAGCCUCAGGUAUUUCGUGUCAAUCAUGGACAGAGCAAUGUCCACAUCGUCAUACCAUGAACAAAACGUAUCCAGAACUAAAUAACGCCGAGAAUUAUUGUCGAAAUCCUCAGAACUCAGGACAACGACCUUGGUGUUUUACUACAGAUAGACACAAGAGAUGGGAGUACUGUGAUAUCCCGAAAUGUAUACCAGGUACAAAGUAAUAUUGUACUGUGCUAUCCCUGAACGCAUACCAUAUGUACAGGGUGAUUUCGAGAUCAUUUUUACAUGGGGCUUCGGUGGGGCAAUGGCCAGAGCAAGCGCCUUUCACUACUGAGAUCAUGGGUUCGGUUCUCGCUCCGGACUGUAGACACUCGUGGGAAAAGAGUCAGUCCAAGCUCUUUCGGAAUCGUGGGUUUUUACUACGCGCUGUUAAAAACUUUUUGUAAAUUUUUUGUCGGUGUCACAGCGGAUUUAGACCCCCGGACCAAAUCUCCUAAUAGAUAUAGACCCCCGAUCCAAAUCUCCUAGUAGGUAUGGACUCCGUAUAGCGGAUUUGGCCUCCCCUUUUUUAAACACUUUUAUACACUAAAAGCAACCCCAAUAUUAAAAUAACGGUGUUUCGUGUCGAUCGAAAUGCUAUGUGCAUUUCUAUUGCUUUUGUUAAAACGCAUGAGUAAAUUCGUUAUUGACAAAGACUACAUUUUAGGUUUUCAAGAAUGCAUAUUCAUGUUGACAGAUUGACCGCACUUUUCCCAUGCGUGAAAACACUGGCCUUCAAGUUUGGCUUCAAAUUUCCGGUUGGAGGUAGUCCGAGUCCCGACGUAGCGUUCCAGAUAAAAAUUCAUUUCACUGAUUCGCACUGCUUGUCCGGGUCCGGCACAAGUUGUUAUAGUACCUUGUUACAAGAUUGAUGACGGUCACAGACUUGCUACAAGUAGUUCCAACUAGGCUUACUUGUUUAGAGUUCCCGCGCUAUCUGAUAAAAGCGCCUGACAUGGAUUUUUUAAAUUUUCAUAGAAAAUUUUAAUGGUCAGUUUAUAAACUCUAAAACUACGUUUAUUCUGGCAGUUAGAUAUAAAAUCAGGAUUUGCGCUUUGAAGUUGCCGUAAUAAAUCUACGUUCAAUUUAACUUAAGCCAUACGGAGAUCUUAUAUGCAUGCAUGUACAUUUAUAUGCUAAGCAGUAGUUAUAUUAAGUUUAUUUAGUUCUGACUGUGUAAAAUUAUGUGCAAAUGAUUACAGCGGUGUCGUAAAAUAGUUUACGCCCGACGCCCCGACCUGGGAAUAUCUAAAUGGGCGACGCUAAACGAGUAAUAUUUUUUUAUGUGGCCGCGUGUGACCGCAAUGCAUCUUUUUCUUUGCCACAGUUGAUGGUAACUACGGCAAGUGGUCAUUGAACAGUGCAUGUUUGUAACUUGUGGCGAAGGAUUUGAAACAUGGGCACGAGAAUGUAACAACCCUGAGCCAAAGUAUGGUGGAAGAAACUGCAGUUAUCAAGGAGAACCUGUUGAGUACAGACCAUGUACUAAGAAACCUUGUGUUGGUAAAUGUGCCUUUUUUUGAAGAUGCCGUAAACUUUCGAUUUGUGAGUAGUAGGGAAAACUGAAGCUAGUACAUCAUUCUUCUUAAUUUCAGUUAACGGCAACUACAGUAGGUGGUAUUUAAGCAGUCAAUGUAACGUUACAUGUGGACAAGGUGUAAAAAUAUGGCGACGUUCAUGUGACAAUCCUGCUCCAAAGAAUGGAGGUCGAAAUUGCACUGUGUUGGGAGAAGAUGUUAAAUAUCGAAUUUGUGAAAGACGACCUUGUCCAAGUAUGUUUCUGUCCCCGUUUUAA